AUGAACACCACCUUCGCCUCCGACUCCCUGGCGGCUGCUGUGAUCGAUCCGGCCAUCAAGAACGUAUUUCUAACUGUCAAUCUAUUGUGCCUCUCCGAGCUGAUCGGGAUCUUCGGCAUCGCCGCCAACAUCGUGAACAUUAUCGUCUUUAAGCGGCAAGGCUAUCGAGAUGGCGUGAAUGUCACACUGACCGCUUUGGCCAUCAGUGACCUGGGUGCCCUGUGUACCCAGCAGAUCUCCAACACUUUCGUUGACCCAUGGAUACGCGAGACGAAGUUUGUCAUGCUGAAAACCCACCUGUUCAUUUUCAUGAUCUACGCCCAUGGUUAUUUCAUCAGAAUCGGCGGACUGGUCACGGCUUUCGCCGCCUUUGAACGUUGCAUCCUCGUUUCUUUUCCGCUAAAAGUUAAAAAUUUCAUCACGUCGAAGAUCGCCGUCUUGGUGAACGCAACAUUUUUCCUUGUCUGUCUCUUGUAUUUCAUCCCGUUGUGGUUGGUGGUCUACGUGGACUGGAAAUACUCGCCUGCUAUCAACAGAUCCAUUCUAUCCAUGAUUUUCAAAGAGAACCGGGAGAGCGUUUACUCCAUCUACUACUUCAUCGCCGACAUGUUCGUCCCGUACGCAACGAUCCUCAUGCUCUUGCUAUUCACUACCGUCAUCAUCCGUACGCUCAAGACACAGUCCAAGUGGAGGAAGAACGCAGAGGCCCAGCGAGCUGAACAUUUCGUCUCCAGCAAGCAGCGGAAGGUGGUGGUCAUGCUGAUGGCGGUGUCCGUCAUGUUCAUGGUGUGCCUGACCCCACACUCCAUCCUGCACACGGCGCUGGGACUGUUCCGGGAGAUGAAGGUGGACGGCACCUACGCCAGCCUGUACUUCGUCUGCUACUCAUUCACCACCUUGCUAGAGACAGUCAACUGCAGCGCCACUAUUUUUGUCUACGCCACAAUGAGUACCCGGUACAGGGAGGAGCUCACCUUGUUAGUGGCCUGCUUGAAGACGAAAUUUCGUUUCCACCGCAUCAGCUUAUGA